AUGUCGCCCUACAGGCUCGUGUUUGGCAAGAUGUGCCAUCUCCUGAUCGGUGUAGAACAUAGGGCGUACUGGGCAGUCAGAAAGAUGAAUAUGAAGCCCCAGGCCUGUGAGGAGGAGAGGAAGCUCCAACUGCAAGAGCUAGAGGAAUUGAGGCUUGAGUCAUACGAUGCUACGAUGUGGUACAAGGAAAAAACCAAGUUGUGGCAUGACAAAAACCUUCGGAUCAAGGAGUUGCAGGUUGGUCAGAAAGUUCUCCUGUUCCAAUCACGGUUAAAGCUGAUGCCCGGAAAGCUAAAGUCUAAGUGGAUCAGACCCUACACGAUCGUUGGCCUCAGAGCAAACGGAGCUGUGGAAAUUCAGGGAAGUGCUUCUAACUCUAUCCAUUUCCUUGUCAAUAGUCACAGAGUUAAGGUGUUUAGGGAUAGUUCAGAGCUGUGUGUGGUGAAAGAAAUUCCACUACACAUGCUCCCCACUAUCGCCUAA